GCCUACGACCUGAUGUCCAGAUACCCCGACGAGUUCACGAGCACGAAGAAGAUCUGCGGCGGCAAGGAGGCCCUCGUGAGCGAGCUGGCGAGCCUCUACUCGGCGGUGGGCGGCAAGGCUCCGGCGGGAAACUUGUUCCAGAUGCUCGUCGGGAACGAGACGAUCAGGUUCGAUGUGAAGUAG